AAUAAAUACUGAAUUAAUUAACCUGGAGCAUUCAACUUUAAAUCUAGACUACGGAAAAACAGGAAAUCGUUACAACAUAAUGUCGACAGCUAUAAAACUUGCCGUGCUCACAGCCGUGAUAGCCUCUUUUAUAGCACAAUCAGAAUCAACGGCGACAUGUGAUGACGGCUGGACUGCAUACGGCCCCUCUUGCUACUUCUUUGAAGACGAAACAAAACUGCACUGGAUAGAAGGAACGCAAUACUGCUCGGUGCACGAGGGAGCUUACAUCACCACCAUCCAAUCAGAGGGCGAGUUACUCUUCUUGCAGGACAUGUGCAGGCGCCUUUUUAAACACGGUUUUUGGCCCUUGUUAACCCAGCCAUUUUUAGAUUUAAGAAUAACGAAAGGGCUUGGAUCCAAGUACUUCAGUGUUUACAUAUAUUUUGGCUGCUAA